UUACAUUUGUGUGAGGAGGAGGGGGCUACCUGUCUCAGUGAAAAUGCACUGAGAGCUUUGGAGUUAGAGGUUGAGCAGCGGAAGUUGGAAGACAGAGAGAAGGAGAGAAGAUUUCAGUUGACUAUGCUUGAAAAGAAGUCUGAAAUGGGCCUUAUUGGAGAGCAGGCAUUUGAUGUGACAAAGUGCUGUAAGUUUGUGCCUGUAUUUGAUGAACUUGAUGCUGAGGAAUACUUCCUUCAGUUUGAGAAUGUUGCCACAAGUUUGUCAUGGCCAAAAGGGUAUUGGCCCAUAAUUGCCCAGACUUCCUUUAAAGGAAAAGGGCUCUCAACCUACCUCUCCUCGAUGACUGACCAGCAGAAAGAUUACAGUAUUGUCAAGGAAUCUAUCCUCCAAGCCUACCAGUUAACUCCAGAAUUUUAUCAGUCUAAAUUUCGUAACUCUGCCAGGACUCCCAAUCAGACUUUUAUUGAGUAUGCACAUUUGCUGAGGAAAUUGCAUAAUAGGUGGAUUGCAUCUCGUGGAGUAACCACAUUUGAUGAGUUACGUGAGCUUAUGGUGCUAGAACAGUACUUGAACACCUUGCCAUAUGAUAUAAGAGUAUAUUUAUGUGAAAAAGAGGUAGAUUCACUUGAUAGAGCAGCUUUCUUAGCUGAAAACUAUAAUCUAAUUCAUAAGGCUAACAUAAAGAGUUAUCCUGACCAGAACACAACUCGACAUGUUGGUAAGCCUUUGAGUACUGAUUAUGUUGGGAAAAGUGUGAACAGUGCAAGUUUUGACACUAAAAUUUGCAAUUACUGCAAGAAGCCAGGUCAUUUUGUGGCAAGUUGUCCUAAGUUGGAGAAGAAAGAUCAGAGUAGGUCCGAUAUAAAACCUGUUAUUAAUUAUGUCUUUAAACUAGCAGAUGUGAGUGAUCCUGUUUUAACCACGUCUAAUAAGUGUCAACAGCUGUUCCAACCAUUCCGAUUUGAGGGUAGUGUGUCAGCCUCUGAGGCCGGUCCGUCCAUCCCUGUCAGUAUCCUGCGUGAUACAGGUGCCUCGCACAGUAUUGUGGUAAGGAGUAUUGUUCCUUUUGUUGAGGAUUUGUACACUGGGGAGUUUGUUGUGCUGAAAGGUAUUAACGAAUGUACCACACUACCAUUAUGUAGACUCUACCUAAAGGCUGGCAUAAUUUCUCAGGUUGUAACUGUUGCAGUGCAGGAUUCUUUGCCUGUUGAGGGAGUUACCUUUCUGCUAGGCAACGAUAUUGCUGGUUGUCGUAUAAUUCCGGAUCCUGUAGUCUGUUCUAAUCCCUUAACUUUUGACCCUGCAGUAAAGUUGACAGAACAGAAUCCUGGAUUGUUCCCUUCUUGUAUUGUCACUAGGCCAAUCAAUGAACGCUUUCAAGGAUACUGA